AUGAAGGAUCCCAUUAUCAAAGAAAACUUCGAAGAAAGAGAUGACGACGGAAAGUGGACGUACCGGACAACGAAUCCGUGCAUAGUCAAAAUACCAAAUCGGGAACUGUUUGCUGUGGCAUUUCCUGUUACAAUACAUCGACGAUCUACCUUUGCCCUCGUGAACAUUAUUCUUCCAGUGAUGAUGCUUGGGUUUCUUAAUCUUACCGUUUUCUUCCAGCCUGUCCAGGCAGGGGAAAGAGUUUCUUUCUCAAUAACAGUUCUCCUGUCUUUCACGGUAUUUAUGGUUUAUAUAGGGGAGAUAAUUCCUGAAACUUCAAACCCAAUGCCGUUGCUAAGUUACGUACUUGUUUUUAAACUGGGAUGUAGCACCUGCAUAGUAAUAGCCGUUACCAUAGUGACGCGUCUUUUCCACAGAGAAAAAAGAAAAGUGUCGCCAUGUGUACAAAAACUUGUGUCUAAAUUUUUGAACAUAGGUUCACCUUUUUCUUGCAAAAAAAGAGAUGAUGAUUUGUCAAACAUAACAGACAGACAGAAUACGUCACGUGACGAUGACCGUGGAAGCUGUGAUGUGACACAAAGUUUAGACGAACCAAAGGACGAUUGGGGCAGAAUGUGUUUGGCCCUAGAUAAACUCUUUUUCUUAGUCUUUCUUGUUCUUCUGCUAAUGGAAUCCGUCUCUUACGUCAUAGCUUAUCUUGUGAUGUCAGGAGAGAGAGGAAAUAAAGAUAUGACCUCUCAGACGUGUACCAGUGGAAUUGAAUAA